AAAAUCAAACAAGCAAAAGGUGCGAGUUCAAUUUGAAAUCACAAGUAUGAUUUCAGACCAAAAUUUCAUGAUCCAAAGAUCAAUUGCCACUAUAUUAGAUCCAUUUUGAAAUCACAUUAUUUAAUAGCCAAAUCUUACUUUUACCUGCAAUGUAAUCGGUUAGUUUAAAAAAACCUUAAAAUCUGAUUGGUUGUUUGGUUUUACUGUCCCAUUCUCAUUGGCCGAGGAAAAGAUGUGAUUAAAAGCAAAAGAUAGUGCAAUUUGUGAUUAAAUCGCACCACUGAGAGCCAAUCUCAUUGCAAGGAUAACCAGUGAUUUCAAAAUGGAUAAGCCAUUAAUUUACAUAAUUUGAGAGAGUUAUAUUUUUAAAGUUAUCAAGCCCAAUAGGGGAUAACCAAUUGCAGGAUGCUGGGCCCUUGCAGUCACCUAAGGAGGCUUGGAAGGGUUUUCCACAAUUCCCAUUGGGUCUAUAAUAGUUCAAAAGAUUACAAGAAUGAGACAAAGAAGACUAUAGACGCAUUAUCCAAGUUAAGACUGGGUGUAACCGCUAGUGCUCUUGCAGUUCUGCACUCUCAAAUUUAAGUGGACAAUAAAAAGACUAGUGAAACUUCUCAGCUCCCAUAGUCAUAUACACUCCAGAGGUAAAACAAUUACAUUUAUUUAAUAGCUGAUUGGUCACCCAUCAAGCUUUUAGAAUGAGUAAUGCACAUCCAUUCAUGUUAUUAUUUUGUAUGUAGAUUAUGUAAAUUAUUACCACUGCGGGACAAUGGGAGCAGCAGGUGAUGUUACAUAUUAAGUGGCUGGGUAUUCUGUAAUCUAGUCCUACCUAAAAGGACUUUUAACUCAAUCUCACAUUAUCAUAACUUAUGUUAAUUUAAGGGUAGUUGAAAUACUCUGCACACUCUGAUUGGUCAACAGAUGUGUUUAGAUGAAUUUAUAUGGUUUCAGCUAGGGUAGUGGCAUUGGACAUUUGUGCAAAAUUUAAUUUUUUUUUUCCUCUGCUCUCACUGUAUUUAUUUGACUUACAGUUCACAAUAAAAUAAUUAUCUCAUUCUGUCAUUUCAUAGUUGUUACGUCCAGUUUCAUGUUUGUUACAUUCACAGUCGCUGUUCAUGAUCAAUACAGAUAGAAAUAACAAAGAAAGACAAACAUAGGACUGCCACAGGGUGGUCAUGGCUGCUUAAUAGAGGUGGCUGCCAAAUUAAGAGGUGUCCUGAUUGCUCAUUUGAGAGCCCCAUAGCCAGAAAGCAGUGCAAAAAUGCUGGCUGUUUGUUUGAAUUUAAAAAGAAGGAAAAGGAUUGGGAGUGCCUUCAUAAAAUGGGAAAGGUCAAUCCAACCAUCCAGAGAGAGCUUCUGGAGAAGAGGGCUGAUAUAUUGCAUGUCAAGUCAGGCUUUGAUGUUGCAGUAUUUUACCGGGCCAAACAUGGAACCGGGAAAUCAUUUUACUACUAUGGCACCCCUGGACUUGGAGAAGAAUUUUUAAGGAGCAAUUCAGACUUUGCCCCGACAGUUAAAGACAUGUUUGAGGCAUUUAGUGUACAAUAUGGUCCUCCUCCUACCAAAGCCAGUCCUCAGGAUCCUCAGCCACCUUCCGACUGCCCUUCCGCUGAAGCAAGUGAUCUUGAACAUCAACAACCCAGCAACUGUCCAUCUUCUCAAGGAACUCAUGCUGACUCUCCACAAUCCACCAACUAUCCAUCUUCUCAAGUCCCUGCAUCUGCUACAGCAAGUCCUGCUGACUCCCCACAAACCAACAACUAUCCAUCUUCUCAAGUUCUGGCACCUGCCAUAGCAAGCCAUCCUGACUCUCCACCAACUCUCCAACCCACCAACUGUCCUUCAUCUCAAGGAAUUGAUGUAGUUCUCUACAGUGUGGAAGGUCAAGCGGUUGCCGUAGGUUACAUGGAGUGUGACCGUCAGUUUCUUCUUGGCAAGUGCAUACUAUCCGGGUAUAAGGUGGUCCGUUUAAGAUGGGUGAAUUCGUCUGAUAUUCCUGCUCUACUUGUGCUAGGAGAUCCUGAUGAGAAUUUCUUCUUGUCAUCUGGACAGUUUUUUGCCCUUUCUAUAGCCAGUUUAAAACUUGUAAAACUAGUGAGAUAAUUAAUAAUCUUCUCUUAAA